GCCCGGCGUCGGUGACUCAGAGUGUCCGCGGGAGCGCCGCAGCCCCAGCAGCGCACCCAGAUCCCGAGGUCCGACAGCGGCCGGCCCAGACCCCACGCCUGGCAGGAGCCCGCCGAGAGCCAGCCGGCCCGCGCGCUCCGACCCCGAGCAGUCUCCGUCCUUCCGCCCGAGCCCCGCGCCCUUCCCGGGACCUCUGCCCCGCGGGCAGCGUUGCCACCCUGCCGGCCAUGGAGACCCCGUCCCAGCGGCGCGCCACCCGCAGCGGGGCGCAGGCCAGCUCCACCCCGCUGUCGCCCACCCGCAUCACCCGGUUGCAGGAGAAGGAGGACCUGCAGGAGCUCAAUGACCGCUUGGCGGUCUACAUCGACCGGGUGCGCUCGCUGGAGACGGAGAACGCAGGGCUGCGCCUUCGCAUCACCGAGUCCGAGGAGGUGGUCAGCCGCGAGGUGUCCGGUAUCAAGGCCGCCUACGAGGCCGAGCUUGGGGAUGCCCGCAAGACCCUCGACUCGGUGGCCAAGGAGCGCGCCCGCCUGCAGCUGGAGCUGAGCAAAGUGCGCGAGGAGUUCAAGGAGCUCAAAGCGCGCAAUACCAAGAAGGAGGGCGACUUGAUGGCCGCCCAGGCGCGGCUCAAGGACCUGGAAGCUCUGCUCAACUCCAAGGAGGCCGCACUGAGCACUGCACUCAGCGAGAAGCGCACGCUGGAGGGCGAGCUCCAUGACCUGCGGGGCCAGGUGGCCAAGCUCGAGGCAGCCCUGGGUGAGGCCAAGAAGCAGCUCCAGGAUGAGAUGCUGCGGCGGGUGGACGCCGAGAACAGGCUGCAGACCCUGAAGGAGGAGCUGGACUUCCAGAAGAACAUCUACAGUGAGGAGCUGCGUGAGACCAAGCGCCGGCAUGAGACGCGGCUGGUGGAGAUUGACAAUGGGAAGCAGCGUGAGUUUGAGAGCCGGCUGGCGGACGCCCUGCAGGAGCUGCGGGCCCAGCAUGAGGACCAGGUGGAACAGUACAAGAAGGAGCUGGAGAAGACCUACUCUGCCAAGCUGGACAACGCCAGGCAGUCAGCUGAGAGGAACAGCAACCUGGUGGGGGCUGCACACGAAGAGCUGCAACAGUCCCGCAUCCGCAUCGACAGCCUCUCGGCCCAGCUCAGCCAGCUGCAGAAACAGCUGGCGGCCAAGGAGGCGAAGCUGCGGGACCUGGAGGACUCCCUGGCCCGCGAGCGCGACACCAGCCGGAGGCUGCUGGCCGAGAAGGAGCGGGAGAUGGCGGAGAUGCGGGCAAGGAUGCAGCAGCAGUUGGACGAGUACCAGGAGCUGCUGGACAUCAAGCUGGCCCUGGACAUGGAGAUCCACGCCUACCGCAAGCUCCUGGAGGGCGAGGAGGAGAGGCUGCGCCUGUCCCCCAGCCCCACCUCGCAGCGCGGCCGAGGCCGCACCUCCUCCCACUCCUCCCAGACACAGGGGACGGGCGGCAUCACCAAGAAGCGCAAGCUGGAUGCCGCCGAGGCCCGCAGCAGCAGCUUCUCGCAGCACGCCCGCACGAGCGGCCGCGUGGCCGUGGAGGAGGUGGAUGAGGAGGGCAAGUUCGUGCGGCUGCGCAACAAGUCCAGCGAGGACCAGUCCAUGGGCAAUUGGCAGAUCAAGCGCCAGAAUGGAGAUGACCCCUUGCUGACCUACCGCUUCCCACCGAAGUUCACCCUGAAGGCUGGGCAGGUGGUGACGAUCUGGGCUGCAGGCGCUGGGGCCACCCAUAGCCCCCCCACCGACCUGGUGUGGAAGGCACAGAACACUUGGGGCUGUGGGAACAGCCUGCGCACGGCUCUCAUCAACUCCACUGGGGAAGAGGUGGCCAUGCGCAAGCUGGUGCGCUCUGUGACGGUGGUUGAGGACGAUGAGGAUGACGAUGGCGACGAGCUGCUCCAUCACCACCAUGGCUCCCACUGCAGCAGCUCGGGGGACCCCGCUGAGUACAACCUGCGCUCGCGCACCGUGCUGUGCGGGACGUGCGGGCAGCCCGCGGACAAGGCUUCCGCCAGCGGCCCGGGAGCCCAGGUGGGCGGAUCCAUCUCCUCUGGCUCAUCCGCCUCCAGUGUCACAGUCACCCGCAGCUACCGCAGUGUGGGGGGCAGUGGGGGUGGCAGCUUCGGGGACAGCCUGGUCACCCGCUCCUACCUCCUGGGCAACUCCAGCCCCCGCACCCAGAGCCCCCAGAACUGCAGCAUCAUGUAACCUGGGACCUGCCGGGCUGAGGCUGGAGGCCUCCUGCUUCCUCCUCCCCUCACGCCCACCCCCACCCUGCACCUCGCAGGAGGGGGCUUGAAGCCAAAGAAAAUACCCCUUUGGUUUUUUUUCUUCUAUGUUUUUGUUUUUUUUUCUAAGAGAAGUUAUUUUCUACAGUGGUUUUAUACUGAAGGAAAAACACAAGC